AUGGCAUCCCAGUACGACUCACCCGCUGUGCACCACCCGUCUGUUGUGAGCGUUUUGAUGCUCGGUGCGGGCUUCGUGACCCGGCCGACCCUGGACAUCCUCAGCGAGGCUGGCAUUCCCGUCACUGUUGCUUGCAGAACUCUCGAGUCGGCCCAGAAGCUGUCCGCCGGUGUUAAGCACGCCACACCCAUCUCGCUCGAUGUCACCAACGAUGCCGCUCUCGACGCCGAGGUCGCCAAGCACGACCUGGUCAUCAGCUUGAUCCCCUACACCUUCCACGCGACCGUCAUCAAGUCGGCCAUCCGCCAGAAGAAGCACGUCGUCACCACCAGCUAUGUCUCCCCCGCCAUGAUGGAGCUUGACCAGCAGGCCAAGGAGGCCGGUAUCACCGUCAUGAACGAGAUCGGUCUUGACCCUGGUAUCGACCACUUGUACGCUGUCAAGACCAUCGAGGAGGUUCACGCCGAGGGAGGCAAGAUCGUUUCCUUCCUCUCCUACUGCGGUGGUCUCCCCGCCCCUGAGGCCUCUGACAACCCGCUCGGCUACAAGUUCUCGUGGUCUUCUCGCGGUGUCCUGCUUGCUCUGCGUAACGCGGCCAAGUACUACAAGGACGGACAGGUCGUCGACGUCGCCUCCAAGGACCUCAUGGGCACCGCCAAGCCCUACUACAUCUAUCCCGGCUACGCCUUCGUCGCGUACCCUAACCGUGACUCGACUCCCUACAAGGAGCGCUACAACAUCCCCGAGGCGGAGACCAUCAUCCGCGGCACCCUCCGUUACCAGGGCUUCCCUCAGUUCAUCAAGGUCCUCGUCGACAUUGGCUUCCUCGACGACACCGCCCAGCAGGCUCUCUCCAGCCCCGUUCCCUGGAAGGAGGCCACCAAGGCCGUCGUCGGCGCCUCCUCGUCGAGCCAGAGCGACCUCGAGGCCGCCAUCCUCUCCAAGGCGACCUUCGAGUCCCCCGAGGACCAGCAGAGAAUCCUCAGCGGUCUCCGCUGGAUCGGCGUCUUCUCUGACGAGCAGACCAUCCCCCGCGGCAACCCCCUCGACACGCUCUGCGCGACGCUCGAGAAGAAGAUGCAGUUCGAGGAGGGCGAGCGCGACAUGGUCAUGCUCCAGCACAAGUUCGAGAUCGAGCACAAGAGCGGCGCCCGCGAGACCAGGACGUCUACCCUCGUCGAGUACGGCGACCCCAAGGGCUACUCCGCCAUGGCCAAGUUGGUCGGUGUCCCCUGCGGUGUUGCUGUCCAGCAGGUGCUCAACGGCACCAUCUCGGAGAAGGGUGUCCUGGCGCCGAUGAACUCCAAGAUCAACGACCCCUUGAUCAAGGAGCUCAAGGAGAAGUACGGAAUUUUCCUGAUCGAGAAGACCCUGUCUUAG